AUGGUGCAAUCGGUACAGACAGAACCAGUUGAGGAAGAGAAGCCGAAAUGUGGUUGUAAAGGAGUUCGAUUUUGCGCUGCAUGUAAAGAUACAUUAAGAGUGAAGAAACUAAGACUAUGUGAAGAAUAUCCGUUUGCAAAAUAUAAGAAGUAUGUUUAUUCUUCGCAUCACCAUAUCGCAAUACAUGAUAAUUCAUUACCUAAUCGUCCAUCAUUAGCUGAUAUCCAUGAUGUGGCUAGUAGAAUAAACAAAGCCGAAAAUAACUUUGAGGAUGAUUUAGCCGUUCCUGGUCUAUAUGUUGUUAUCGAUUUCCUUAGCGAAGCUGAAGAGGUGGACCUCGUUAAUGCAAUUGAUAAAACGGAUUGGGUGCUUUCACAAUCAGGACGUCGAAAACAGGAUUACGGUCCACGUAUUAAUUUCAAACAUAAGAAAAUAAAAAUGGAUCGGUUUUUUGGGAUGCCGAGUUACACAGACGUAAUACUGAAUAGGAUGAAUUCCAUUUCCUCUGAUUUGUUUGGUUCCUAUCAACCGUUUGAAUUAUGUAAUUUGGAAUACAGGGAUAGUCGGUGGUCAACUAUUGAAAUGCACUACGAUGAUACAUGGAUUUGGGGGGAACGCCUGAUUUGCGUCAACCUCCUGACUAAGUCGGUACUGACAUACGCAAAUGACGAGAAACAGUUAAUCAUCUAUGUCCCACUACCGAGCAGGACAAUGGUGUGCAUGUCUGAUGAGAUUCGCUAUUCAUGGAGGCAUGCUGUGUUUCCGGAACAUAUCCGUGGUCGGAGAAUAGCAUUGACAAUGAGAGAACCAAGUACAGCUUUUAAGGAAGGUGGUGAGUUGUACGAAAAGUUUGGUCGGGAACUUACGCGCUUGGGAAAUAUUCGAAUAUGA